GUGAGUGACAGCACACAGAGGACGACGAGCAGAACGAGGUAGAAGUUUUCUGUGGAAGAGAUGGAGUUACAGAAGUGCAGCCAAAAAGUAGCAAUCAGCAGAAUGUAGAAGGAGAAGAAGAGGGAACCAAGAGGGAAGUCAAAGGAGCGUGGAAGAAAAGACAGAAGAGCGGGGGAAGAUGAGUGUGAGGUGGGAGACGGAGGGGCUGCAGACGGUGGGCAUCGUCUGCCUGGUCAUCAUGUUCCUCAAACUCAUGCACCUGCUGGGCCUCAUCGACAUCACUGAGACCGAUGACAGCAGUGACAGUGACUUGGAGUUGUCCACGGUGCGUCACCAGCCGGAGGGGCUGGACCAGCUGCAGGCUCAGACCAAGUUCACCAGGAAGGAGCUGCAGUCGCUCUACAGAGGCUUCAAGAACGAGUGUCCCAGUGGACUGGUGGAUGAGGAGACGUUCAAGUCCAUCUAUUCUCAGUUCUUUCCCCAAGGAGAUGCAACCACCUACGCUCACUUCCUGUUCAAUGCCUUCGACAUAGACAGGAACGGCUCCAUCCGCUUCGAGGACUUCGUCAUCGGACUCUCGGUGCUUCUCAGAGGCUCGGUCACCGAGAAGCUCAACUGGGCCUUUAACUUGUAUGACAUCAACAAGGAUGGCUACAUCACCAAAGAGGAGAUGCUGGCCAUUAUGAAGUCCAUCUAUGACAUGAUGGGGCGCUACACUUAUCCCUGUGUGAGGGAUGAAGCUCCAUCUGAACACGUGGACAAGUUUUUCCAGAAAAUGGACAGAAACCGAGAUGGUGUGGUGACCAUUGAAGAGUUCAUUGAAACUUGUCAGAAGGAUGAGAACAUCAUGAACUCCAUGCAGCUGUUUGAGAAUGUGAUCUAAGGACAUGAGCUCUCAUCAGCUGAUGCACACACACACACACACCACACCAAACUGACACCCUGACACCUUCCGUAGGUACUGUAAACAUACAGGAACUAGUCCUUCUGUUCCUCGCUGCGCUCCUUUAGCUAUGUCUUCUUGAAACUGCUUCUGAAUCAACAGGACUGCUGACAACAGAAGAAGCAGAAGAGCUUCCUGAGUCCACUUCCUCUGUGUCUGCUGUGUUUUCGUGUCCUCAGCGGAGCAGGAGAAUAGCUCCAUCUACUUUUAUCCUCACAUACACAGGGAUCAACAACAAAUGAGUGUGGCAGGUGGAGGAGAUUGUCACGGUCAGUCCUCUAACCUGGACACACAGACAGUAGCUUUAAUCACACCUCACAUUGCACACAUUCAUGCAUACAUUCUGCUCAGAUCCUCCUGAGACCCAGCAGUGCAUUAUUGUCCUCUGUAGUGGACCAGAGUUUCACAGCUUCAAUAAACAGAGUCCACUGAAAAGGACGUUAUAUAAAGAACACAUUUAAAUAAAAAAAUAUACCUGAAAAAACUAUUGCAUCAUGCUGUUUCCAAUUAUUUCAUGUAAAACGGUGAAAAUGUUUCCUUACUGGGUCUCCGGAGGAUAUUCAUUUACAUAAACACAACGCGCACUCAGACCUGCUGUUUCUCAGAGUUUUUAGAGCAAUGGACAAAGUAAAAGCAGUGAAGUUUAGCACGAAAAAUUCACUGUGGCACAAAAGAAAAAAAGAAUUGAACUAAAGCAUGUUUGUCAUCAAAAAUGUGAUGUGGAAUUAGCUUGCACUACAAUUUUAUGACUAUGUAUUAUAUGCGCCUCAAGUAAAGGCAGUGUAGAUACCUGCGGCUGACACACCACUGAUGGCAGCAGUGUGUAUGUACUGUAUAUAUGUAUAGUUAGAGUCACACACACUUUCCUGUUGUACUGGUCUCAUCUGUGCAACACUAGGCAAUGCUAGGGCCACACCUAUCCAACAGAAUGUUAAGACAUAUCUGUGUUCAUUGAUUAAGAUAUGAGUUAAGUAUUAGUUUGGUUCAUCACAGAAAUGAAAGGACAAAUGUUUCUUUUCUGUUUUUUCGUUUUGUAUUUUCUAUAUUUGAACUUAUAUCUGGGUAAAGUGAGCUGUAUAUUACUGUGAAGAAUCAAAAGGACUGUUAAAAAGUGCAUUCCUAUGCUGAAUUAAGGCUUUAUCUCAGUUCUUUGGUAUCUACUAGCAUGCUGACUCUUUAAGUGCCACAGUAUUAUCUACAGUAGGACCUUUGUGAUGUCAGUUCAAUAAAGAUGCUGUGAAAAAAUG